AUGGGCAAACAGGCAAAAGGAGUUGAUCUCAGCAGGCUACAGUACAAGUGCGGCAAGUCGUGCAGCAAGAAGAGCGAUAGCAGCACAUUGGACACAUUGCAAGGCGCGCCAGACAUGGUUGGCAUCGAGAGCUGCUGCGGCCCUCACCCGCGCUUGCAAGAAAGUCCUUCGGCCUGUUGGCUGGGCAGUGGCAGUGCAGCCCCGCAGCCGGCUGCUCAACCGGCCUGGAAGCUCCUCAAAAUUUCUGGCAGCCGUGUGGAGCUUUUGAAAGCACAGAAGCGGCGAUGA